AUGCUAUCCCUCGACCUUUUCCAUAUUUCCCAUACCUCCCUUAUAGCAAAAAACUUUCUCGCUCUCCUCCAAUACUCUCUUCGUCAAAGCCAAUACACAGCUUAGGACUGAAGCCUAUCACCACCAACCCUCAUACAGCCUUACAGCCAUACAGCCGCAUUAUAAAGCUUCUUCGUCCCCUUCUCCCAUAUCAACAUACAAAAUGUCCAACAUGAAGGCAAUCCACUUUGGUGGCGGUAACAUCGGUCGCGGUUUCGUCGCCGAAUUCUUGCACAAGUCCGGAUAUGAAGUCGUCUUCGUCGAUGUCAUGGACGCCAUUAUCAACUCCCUGCAACAGAACAAGUCAUACACCGUAACAGAAGUCGGCACAUCAGAGACCAAGUCAAAGACAAUCGACAACUUCCGCGCUAUCAACAGCAAGACCCACGAGCAGGAUGUCAUCGACGAGAUCGCGACUGCUGACGUUGUCACCUGCGCUGUCGGUCCCAACAUCCUCAAGUUCAUCGCUCCUGUCAUUGCCAAGGGUAUCGAGAAGCGCGAAAAGGAGUCACCGAUGGCCGUCAUCGCCUGCGAGAACGCCAUUGGAGCCACCGACACCCUUCGCAAGUUUAUCGAGGAGAAGCUCUCGGACUCGACGAAGUCAAAUCUCAAGGAGAAGGCUCGUUUCGCCAACAGCGCUAUUGACCGCAUCGUCCCCAUGCAGGAUGAGGGUGCUGGCCUGAACGUCAAGAUCGAGAAGUUUUACGAGUGGUGUGUUGAAAGUGAGCCUUUCCUGCCCUCGGACCCUCCAGCAAUUGAGGGUGUCCACUUCGUUGAUGACCUUUGCCCUUUCAUCGAGCGCAAGCUCUUCACUGUCAACACUGGUCACGCCACUGCUGCUUACUUCGGUUACAACCGCGGCAAGGAGUACGUUCACGAGGUGUUGCAAGACAAGGAGUUGAACGAGAUUGUACGAAACACAUUGAAGGAGACUGCUCACCUUAUUGUCAACAAGCACGAGAUCACCGAGGAGGACCAGAACGAGUACGUUGAGAAGAUCAUCAAGCGCAUCUCGAACCCUGUCCUGAAGGACAACGUCGAGCGUGUUGGCCGUGCUCCUCUUCGCAAACUGUCACGCAACGAGCGUUUCAUUGGCCCCGCUGCUCAUCUUGCUGAGAUGGGAGCCAAGUACGACGCCCUCCUUGGUGGCAUUGAGAUGUGUCUCCGCUUCCAGAACGUCGAAGGUGAUGAUGAGUCCUUCGAACUGGCCAAGAUCCUCAAGGAGAACUCUUCCAGCGAAGCCACCGAGAAGAUCACUGGCCUCGAGCCCAACCACGUUCUCUUCUCUGCGGUUGAGCAGGUCGUCAAGAAAGUUCAAGCCUGACUAUCCGAACAACGAGCCGUCCGUAGUCGCAAAGGACUAGAACGUCUUUGAUUGCCCGGGAAGUCGCUGGAUGAGGCGUUCACCGCCACGAGAUACGCAGCAUUGAAUUAUGGCAUUGGUGUUCCGGACUGGGACAAUUUGGGAGGACUUUUGUUUGAUCAGCAUGUUACCCGAUAUCAGGC